AUGUCUGUAUCUCUUGCAGAACCACGCCCAAGUUCCAGCAGCCGCAGACUUGCAGAGGAUGAUGGCGAGCUACAGCAGGAUGCAGAUUUCUGGUUCGCAGAUGGCUCGAUCGUCCUCAUUGCGGAGAACGCCACGUUUCGUGUCCACCAAGGCGUGUUGUCCAGACAUUCCGAAGUAUUUCGCGAACUCUUCACAGUUCCUCAGCCCCAUGACGAGCAGAGCGUGUACGGCUGCCCCGUGGUUCGCCUUUACGAUUCUCCGAUCGACCUGCGAUACCUGCUGCGCGUCUUGUACGAUGGUAGAAAACAUUCUGUGAAGCACGAACCGAGGCUCGAGUUCUCCGAAGUGGAAGCGGUGGUCAGGCUCGCACACAAAUAUGAACUUAACGAGCUGCGGGAAGAGGGCGUGCAGCGUAUCAUGGCCGUAUUCACGGAUGAUUUCACCGUAUAUUCGAGAUCGGAUGAGGUCGGUCGCCCACGUCUUUUCCUACGUCCAUCGGAUGCCAUAUCAGUGGUGAAGUUGGCCCAUCUCACCCAGGAGCUCACCUUGCUACCUCUAGCGCUCUACGACUGCGCCAGACUCAGCGCGACGCAGCUCAUGGAAGGCGUCUCUCUCGCGAACGGCACCAUCGACCGCCUGUCUCAGGAAGAUCUGGCCAGGUGUAUCGAUGGCAAGUCCGUCCUGGCGCACAAACGCGCGAUGGUGAUUUUGGGCACGUUCGUUAAGGGGAGCCAUGAGCGUGUGCACAGUCUGCAGUGCGCUACCAACCUCCGCGUGUUGCUGCUCAGCCUCACUGACCAGCUCCCUGUGGGGUGUCACCCUCUAAAAUGUCUGCGCGAUUAUAUCGACAAAAGUUGCGAAUGGGGCAAACUGUGCGACAAGUGCCGUCAGGUCAUGCACGCAAAGCACCUCGAGAGCAGACGGGAGAUCUGGAGGGACCUACCUUCGUAUUUCGGCUUGGACGACUGGGACAAGCUCCGUACUGCAGGAGCUUCGGCGUGA